ACUCCAGCAGAAGCAUCAUGCAUUUCCGAACUUCAAGAAGCGUUUGGCCCGCUUGUCGUCACCCGGCGACGCAAGUCGCAUACUGAAUCUACUACAUCCUCUUGUUCCGACACCCUUCCGCGAUGGACAGGCUCAUUCGGGCUGUUCCAUCUUCCCCGGGAGCUGCGAGAUGUGAUAUACUAUUAUUACCUGCAUCGCCCGACAGGGAUAUACUACACGGCCCAUGCCGACCAGAGUUUUUGGGAACAGAAAACAAAGAGCGACGAGAUCGCAAACCUACUUGUUGUGUCCAAGCAAGUCUAUGCCGAAGCGUCAAAGAUGCUAUAUCUCACCAAUACUAUCGUGCUAUCAACAAGCUACAGCUCUCGAGAAGAGAGUCUGAAGCCGCUGACGGGGCUGCUUCGCGUGUUCCCCGAUCGAGUGGCGAGGAACUUGACUUGGGUGCGCUACACGUACCGCGAUGUCAUCACUCGGCCAUAUGGCCCAUUGCGUUCUCGUAUGGGAAUGCAUGCCAAGCACAACACUGCCGGAGAGACGUUUCUGGAGAUUCUCAGAGACGCGCAUACCUUGACCGAGUAUUUCCCCAGGCUGGUUUUGCUGGAGGCCAAAUGGCAUCCGGAGCCUCCAGUUCACGAGUUUCUGCAACCAACGGACGAGGUGUAUAAGAUUGCGAAUUGCUGGGUGGAAGGCGUAGGCGAAAAGAGUGUUGUAGCGAGGUGGUUGAACACCAUGAGACGCUGGUUGCACGGUCACAACCUGGUACCGCUGAGCUGUGUCAGAUUUUCACUUAGUGGUUUUGGAAUAUCUGGUUUCGGGCAUGAAUUUGACUUGUUGGUCAACGAAGCGUAUAGAAGGCUGAUAAGGGAGCGGACGAUUGAUGACCUUGAAGACAGCGGGAGAUUAUGGCUGGAGGAGAUGGAGAGGACAGAGGCGAGCAGGAGGAAAAAAAGCAGGAAGAAG